AUGAGCUAUGUAUGUGCUAUGUGAAUGUAUCGCUUUUACGCGAACGGAGGUUCCUUGAAAUAAUUUUCCGAAGUGUUAUUACCUAAUUUCUGCGCUAUUUAGUGAAGCAAAUUGUACAUAAUAUUAUUUUUGAUGUACCCAGUCAGUACACUAAGACAAAACCAAGAAUUGACUUGAAUAGAAAAUGCAUUUUUAAUUUAAAAUGAUUAAACCUUUUAGACUAGUCAAAAAUAUAUUCGGUAUGGCCAUAUUUUUUGGUGCAGUAUGGAUGUUAUUAACUUGGAGUAAUGCUGGAAUAUUUAGUUUACACUCAUUCAACCAAAUAAGCAUUCCAUUGGCUGUUAAAAAUACAGUAUGCUACGUAAAUUAUAAUGAUGACAGACCGCAUGUGAAUAAUAGCGAGAAUCUCAAGAUGAUAUACUAUGUCACACCGACAUAUCCAAGACCUGAACAAGUGCCUGAGCUAAUGAGAUUAGCACACACGUUGAUGCAUGUUCCUCGACUGCAUUGGAUUGUUGCCGAUGAUCAGGCGGUAUGUUCUGAUCGUGUGUUGAAAAUUCUUAGACAAACAGGCCUUCCCUUCACUCAUAUAUCUAGUCCAAAACCGUUUAUAUACAAAACCAGUAACUUUCCCCGAGGCGUGGCGAACAGGCGCGCGGCUUUGGAGUGGCUCCAUGAAAAUGUGUCAAAUGGGAUCCUUUACUUUGGAGAUGAUGAUAAUGCUGUGGAUUUACAGCUAUUCGAUGAGAUCAGGACCACGAAGAAAGUGUCAAUGUUCCCAGUGGGAUUGAUUGGGAACUAUGGCGUGUCCACACCUAUUGUUAAAGAUGGAAAGGUGCUGGGAUUCUUCGACUCGUGGCCAGCUUCUAGAACAUUUCCCGUGGACAUGGCCGGCUUUGCGGUCAAUUUAGACUUCCUCAAGGAUUCGGCGAACAUGCCCUUCAUAGCCGGACACGAAGAGGACAAGUUCCUCGUAAGCUUAGAUUUAGACAUAGACGAUAUCGAGCCUCUCGCGUCGAACUGCACGAAAAUAUUAGUCUGGCACACGAAAACGGUCAAGCAGAAAAAGGCCACACUCAAAAUCAAUAUCAACAAACUAGGCUCCGUGGCGAAGUAUCACAAUUUCGCCAAUUUGUUAAGAGAAAUCUCGACAUUAGGUCUCGCCGACUUGGAUUCAGAAAAUGGCAUCAAAUCUUUCAUAACGAGAAACAGAAAGACAUAUGAAACCGUGUCAGAUAUAUAAAAUUAUUAUAGUUCCUCUCGAAUAUGUGAAAUUAUUGGCUUUAACUUUUAUACAUAUAGAUGCUCCCGGCUGUACUCACGUGGUAAGUCGACGGAGAGUAUCUAUAUCUGUAAUGGAAAUCACUCAAGAUAGUUUAACGCUUUAACUUUUAUGUUAAUUUGCAUCCCAAUGUUUACGUGGUUGAUAUUGAUGCUGAUGCCAACCAUACCGCUAACCAGAACGCUAACAAAAAUGAAGACAGGUGAUACUACUGAUGAUUACUGAUAAUAUACCACAAAAAAAAUUAAAAAUCCUGUAUUUUUAUA